AGAGAGAGAGAGAGAGUGUGUAUGUAUGUGUGAGUGGGAGCAGAAGCAGAGACUCUGCAGUGUCUUGGCAGCUGCAGCAGUGCAUCUCCCACCACCGUCCACGAUGCCUCCACGGAUGAUUCCCGCCUCCUCCGCCUUCACCUGACCGCAGAAAGACAUGAAGUCGUCGGGAAACUGAUCCGGACGUUCACACUUGCUCGCUGUCUGUAUGCCCCCCCACCUCCUUCCCUUCCGACACCCACCAGGAGUCAGUCAGGAGAGCUUCUUCCACGCACCCGUAGCCGUUUGGCGAGAAUUUUGUUUUAUUGUAUUUUUUAUUAUUAUUUUUUUUAAUGGAAAAUGGCGAUAGGAAAAAAACCUCGCAGCAUCCUCUGCUUAGUAUCAGUCCAAGUCCUCCUGAUUUUCAGCGCGUCGUGGCCUGGAGCAGAGGGUCUCACAUUCCCACAGCAAUACACGAUAAUGCACUGGGCCAGGCGGAUCCAGCAGGAGAUUGACAGAGCCUUUCAGCACAUCACUGGAGUUCAGCAGCUGAAAGGGAUAUACAAUGAAGAAAGGCGACACUUCAAGCUGGCGAAGAAUGAGCCGCGCAGGAUUGUGGAAAAGGUGGCUUUGGAUAUAGAAAAACUCCUGGCAAAGAAGCGUAAGGCACUUGAUCGUUUAGCGAGUGAAGCAGAGCGGCUCCAACGGGAACAUCAAUGGCAAGAUGGACUUAAGGAGCUUGACAUGGCCUACUAUGACUCCAAAGCUGAUUUGGAAUAUUACUCCAUGGACGGAGAGGCAGAGGUGGAAAACCCCUCCCAACUCAAACUGGAGUUUGUGUACGAUCCAAACUUCAAAAAUAACGUCAACUUCUCGCACACUGCAGUUCAGAUCCCGACUGAUAUUUACAAAGGAGCUCCAGACAUCCUGAAUGAGCUGAACUGGACGCAGGCGCUGGAGAGAGUGUUUAUGGAGAACAGCAGGGAGGAUCCGUCGCUGCUGUGGCAGGCGUUUGGGAGUGCGACAGGAGUCACUCGCUACUAUCCAGGUGGGGCUUUAAGCAGCUGCCUCUGCUGUUACUGUAAACUAACUCUUCAACCACAAAGUUAUACAAAGACACUGAGUUAUUUAUGCAUUGCAGCAUCUCCGUGGAAAGCGCCCGACAAAAUCGACCUGUACGAUGUCCGGAGGAGGCCUUGGUACAUCCAGGGGGCUUCAUCUCCCAAAGACAUGGUCAUCCUUGUUGAUGUGAGCGGCAGCGUCAGCGGACUCACGCUCAAACUGAUCAAGGCGUCUGUGAUGGAAAUGCUGGACACUUUAUCUGACGACGACUACGUCAACGUGGCCAGAUUCAAUGAGAAGGCUGAGGCAGUGGUCCCUUGCUUCAAGCAUCUGGUCCAGGCUAACGUGCGAAACAAGAAGAUUUUCAAGGAGGCCGUGCAGCAAAUGCAAGCUAAAGGCACCACUGACUACAAGUCUGGGUUUCAUUUUGCCUUCAACCAGCUUCUUAACAAGACAAACGUCCCGCGGGCUAACUGCAAUAAAAUAAUUAUGCUGUUUACUGACGGAGGGGAGGAUAGGGCUCAGGAUGUCUUCCUGCAAUAUAACUGGCCCAACAAAACGGUCCGAGUGUUUACCUUUUCCGUGGGUCAACAUAAUUACGAUGUGACGCCUUUGCAGUGGAUUGCUUGUACUAAUAAAGGUUACUAUUUUGAGAUCCGCUCCAUCUGUGCCAUACGGAUUAAUACCCAGGAGUACCUGGACGUGCUGGGGCGCCCCAUGGUUCUGGCAGGCGGCGAGGCCAAGCAGGUUCAGUGGACCAACGUGUAUCAGGACGCUCUGGGUCUCGGCCUGGUAGUGACGGGGACUUUGCCUGUGUUCAAUCUCACUAUGAGUGGAAACUCACAGAAUCAGUUGAUAUUAGGCGUCAUGGGAGUGGAUGUACAUCUAGAUGAGAUAAAGCGACUGACACCACGCUAUAACCUCGGAGCCAACGGAUACAUAUUUGCCAUCGAUCCAAAUGGAUAUCUGCUCCUCCAUCCUAAUCUCCAGCCGAAGCCUGUGAAUCUCCCUGAACCCGUGACCUUGGACUUCCUGGAUGCAGAAGUAGAGGACAGUAAUAAGGAGGAGAUUCGACGACAGAUGAUUGAUGGGAAACCAGGGGAAAUGCAGAUAAAAACUCUCAUUAAUUCUGUUGAUGGCCAAUACAUCGAUGAGGCACACAGAGGCUACACCUGGACUCCAAUCAAUGACACCGAUUACAGUCUUGGUCUGGUAUUACCUCCGUACAGUGAGAACUUCAUCCAGGCAGACCUGAGCGAUGUGAUGGUGCAGCUCCAGUAUAUGCAGUCAUUGUUGCCGAGCUCCUUUGAGUCCUCAGGGCAUGUUUUUCUGGCUCCCAGAGAAUACUGCAAGAACCUGCAGCUUUCUGAUAACAACACACAGUUCCUGCAGAACUUCCUCUCUCUCAUGCUGGAUAUCUCCCCAGAGUCUGAUGAAUGUGACCAAGGUCUCAUCCACAACCUUAUCCUGGAUUCCAGGAUUAUUGGUCAGCUUGCUUCUCGCGUUUGGAAGAAACAGGAUCUGAAUGCGUACGGCUUCCUGGCUGUUUUCGGAUCCACGCACGGAGGAAUAACUCGAGUUUUUCCCAACAUAGCUGCCGAGUUAUGGGACGAGGAUCCAGAACCGUUUAAUUCGGAUUACUACAGAAGGAGCCUGGAUAAUAAAGGCUACAUGUUCAGACCUUCACUGAGACCCUCAGAUGACGACCCUUUUGGGGCUGAAAAUGGCACCACAGGAAUCCUGGUUAGUUCAGCUGUCGAGGUGGAUUUAGGAGGAAAACUGCUCAAGCCUUCAGUGAUUGGAGUGAAGCUGGACCUGGAGGCAUGGGUGGACAAGUUUAAAAUCCUGGCCAGCAACGUGUCAGAUAACCGACAGGGGUCACACAAGUGUGGACCAUCCAGAAGCUGUGAGAUGGACUGUGAAGUAAACACAGAUGACUUGCAGUGCUAUCUCAUCGAUGAUGGCGGCUUCCUCGUCAUGUCCAAUCAGAGAGAUCACUGGAAGCAGAUUGGCCUCUUCUUCGGUGAUGUGGACCCGUUCCUGAUGUAUGCGCUCUACAACAACUCCAUCUUCGCCCGUCGACAGUCCUUCCAGUACCAGUCUGCGUGCGAAAUGGUCAGCAGAAGCCACACUGGAGCAGCGCCGAGAGGGAUCUAUGUGCCGUCCAUAGGCGACGUCUUGAGCUUGGCGUGGUGGACGUCCACACUGGCAUGGUCUGUGAUUCAGCAGCUUCUCUAUGGACUCGUUUACAGCAGCUGGCUCCACCAAGAUGACAUUUUUAUUGACGCUUUUGAGACCAAACAAAGCAGCUGUGUGACCAUCCAAAGCCAGUUCUACUUCACAAACACCACCAACUCCUACAACGUCCUGCAGGACUGUGGAAACUGCUCGCGGCUGUUCCACUCAAAGCGGAUUGAAAACACCAAUUUGCUCUUUGUGGUGGCUGAGACAUUGCCCUGCAGCUCCUGUGAGAUUGAGAAACUGUCCCAGAUCAAGAGGGAGUUUCAGGAGGAAAAUCCAUGUGAACUGCUGAGCAAUGCGCGAUAUCGUAGAGGUCCAACUCCCUGCUUUGACUACAGUGCCUUAGAAAACACGUCAGAGUGUGGUCGAGGUUCUUCACUGCAGGCCUCUAUAGGAACCCUUCUCUUCAUUCAGCUCAUUCUGCCUCUCUUUCAUCUCUCACACAUCCAAACACUCUGACAUGUUCCAUCUCCUCGGAUUUAGGCUCGGAUCUACGGAAGCUCUGCAGGUCUGCGGCUGCACCCUUUUUAGAUAAACUGCACGUGAAGAGGAGGCGGCAGAUGAAACUGAAAGUUUGACUUCAGUGAAGCCUACAGGGACUGACGGCAUGUUGGGGAUUUAGGUAUUUUGCAGCAAAUGAAAGUACAGAGAAGUUUAAAGUUAUGAGCAACAUACUGCCCAAUGAAAAUAUCUUUUAUGUAGAAAAAAAAAAGAUUAAAAUUCUGUUUGAAACACUGAAUGUUAAUUACGCAUAUAAGUUGUAUAUGAAAAUAAGACACACUUUCGGACAUCCACUUACUUGCUUUGUUAAUGAGAAAUAAAACAUCAGUAUUGUUUUUUUAUGCAAUAUUUUGUGUUUAUUUAUUUUGAACUUUUUAAUAACAGAUAGAAACUGAAUGUAUUUGAAGUUUCUGAGAGCACAGGGAGUCUAAAUUGAUAUAUAUAUUAAAUUACCCUGUGUGUUUAUGUCCUCAGAGUUUUUGGAAAACAAACAUUAAGAUUGUUUUUGCUGUGACUUUGCUUUUCAUUUUGCUGAUGUCGUUGUUUACUCUGGAACAUUUCCUCUCUUUGUGCCAGUCUUCAGCACCACCUCAUUUUGUACAGACAGUGUGACACAGUCAGCAGAAUAUAAAGGAUGAAUUUGUAAAGAUUUUGUCAGUCUCAUUAAGGAAUAGAAAUUUAAAUGUUUAUAUCUUUGGUGAUUAAAUGCUGUUGAUAUUUUUCACUUCA